UAAUGGGAAGGGGCCGGCAGAAAAAAAGCUACAAGAAACUUGUGGGAAUUUGCCCUUUGAGAAGUUGCUGCUUCCUGUCACUGGACUUGGAACUAUGAAGGCGUAGGUUCAUAAUCCUCACCCUCUGACAUUCAACGGAUCUUUUAGCCUGGAGCCGAGCAUUUUUUAAAAUAUGUUCAAAUAUGAUUGUUUACGUUUAUAAACCUACGUGUUUUAUUUUACGGAUUUAAAAAACAUUAUUCUGAGGUGUCCAUACAGCCAAAGGCUUCCAAACCCAUGACUAGCUGUAUGACCCUAGACAAGCCCCCUAAACUUCCGAAGCUCAGUUUUCUCUGUAAAAUGAAGGAAUUAAACUAAAUGAUCUCUCAAGUCCUCAACUCCAAAUCCCUCUUCUAGUUUCCAGCCUUUCAAACAUGUGGACAACUAGUCAUUAAAUACCAACUGGGCAGCUAGGUGGGAUCUUGACACCACAAAUGGAUACUCGGCACCUUUCUGACUCUCUCCGCCCUCCUCUCCCCCUCUGACUAGAUGGGCUACAAUCUGGUCUCUCCAACUCUCACUUUCCAUCUUGAUUCAGCUUGGUUUGAAUUCAAAGGAAAACGUUACAACUGCUCAGGGUACUUCCAGUUGCCCUCUCCCCUUCUUUCCAUCUUUUGUGUUGUCUUCACCCAUUGGACUAUAAACUCUUUGAGGACUGGAACUUCUUAUUUGUAUCUUAUUUGUCUGGCACACAAUAUAACUGGGACCAUGUCAGCUGCUGUGGCAGAAGCAAUAAACACUGCCCCCUCAGGGGGAUCAAAUGACAUGGGUUUGGAAGAGCCAAAGAAAAUGACAAGGGAAGACUGGAGGAAGAAAAAAGAGCUAGAAGAACAGAGAAAGUUGGGAAAUGCUCCAGCUGAAGUAGAUGAGGAGGGAAAAGAUAUCAAUCCUCAUAUUCCUCAGUACAUCUCCUCUGUGCCAUGGUAUAUAGAUCCAUCAAAAAGACCCACACUAAAGCAUCAGAGACCUCAGCCUGAGAAACAAAAAGAAUACAGUUCAUCUGGAGAAUGGUAUAAGAGGGGUGUAAAGGAGAAUAUUGUGACUACAAAAUACCGCAAAGGAGCAUGUGAAAAUUGUGGGGCUCUGACUCAUAAAAAAAAAGACUGCUUUGAGAGACCUAGGCGUGUAGGCGCCAAAUUCACAGGAACUAAUAUAGCACCAGAUGAACAUAUCCAGCCUCAGCUUAUGUUUGACUAUGAUGGUAAAAGGGAUCGGUGGAAUGGCUACAACUCAGAGGAACAUAUGAAGAUUGUGGAAGAAUAUGCUAAAGUGGACCUGGCUAAACGUACACUGAAAGCUCAGAAGCUACAGGAAGAAUUAGCCUCAGGAAAAUUAAUGGAACAAGUGAAUUCUCCAAAACAUCAGUGGGGAGAAGAAGAACCAAAUUCUCAGACGGAAAGAGACCAUAACAGUGAAGAUGAAGAUGAAGAUAAAUAUGCAGAUGACAUUGAUAUGCCUGGGCAGAAUUUUGACUCUAAAAGACGAAUUACAGUCCGGAAUCUCAGGAUUCGAGAAGACAUUGCUAAAUAUUUGCGAAAUCUAGAUCCCAAUUCUGCCUACUAUGAUCCAAAAACAAGAGCAAUGCGAGAGAAUCCCUAUGCCAAUGCUGGAAAGAAUCCUGAUGAAGUUAGUUAUGCAGGAGACAAUUUCGUUCGAUACACUGGAGAUACAAUAUCGAUGGCACAAACACAGUUGUUUGCCUGGGAGGCUUAUGACAAAGGGUCUGAAGUACAUCUCCAAGCAGACCCAACAAAACUGGAGUUGCUAUAUAAAUCAUUUAAAGUCAAAAAAGAAGAUUUCAAAGAACAACAGAAAGAAAGCAUCCUAGAGAAGUAUGGAGGUCAAGAACACCUGGAUGCACCCCCCUCUGAGUUACUGUUAGCUCAAACAGAAGACUAUGUGGAAUAUUCAAGACAUGGAACAAUCAUCAAAGGACAAGAGCGAGCUGUUGCCUGCUCUAAAUAUGAGGAGGAUGUCAAGAUCAACAAUCAUACACAUAUCUGGGGUUCCUAUUGGAAAGAAGGUAGAUGGGGAUACAAGUGCUGUCACUCUUUUGUCAAGUUUUCUUACUGUACUGGAGAAGCUGGGAAGGAAAUUGCUAAUGCAGAUGAAUAUAUUCCUGAUGAUGCUGAGGGAGAAGAGCAAACAAACAGACCAAAAACUCUGAUGGAGAUUCACCAAGAAAAACAGAAAGAGGAGAAAAAGAAGAAGAAGAAGAAGAAGCACAGGAAGAGUAGUUCUGACAGUGAGGGUGAAGAAAAGAAGAAGCAUGAAAAACUGAAAAAGGCUUUAAAUGCUGAGGAGGCUCGCCUCCUCCACGUCAAGGAAAUCAUGCAGCUAGAUGAGAGGAAGAGGCCCUACAAUAGCAUGUAUGAAGCCCGAGAGCCCACAGAAGAGGAAAUGGAGGCAUACAGGAUGAAGCGCCAGAGGCCAGAUGAUCCCAUGGCUUCUUUCCUUGGACAGCAAUGACACCAUUUGAAAAGAAAUUCCAGACACCCAACUUGUAUAUAUUUCUUUUAAUCUCUUGGCAAAGAGAUCGAAAAAUCCUCAUUAUGACUUUUAAAUAAAUUUUUGAAAAUCUUUCAUCAAUUCAUUGCCUUCUGCUCCAGGGGAGAAAAACAGACAGGAAGUAUGUUAUGAAGAUGUUUGCUAGAAUUUUUAAUUCAUUGACUGCAAGCCACUUUCAACAAUUGGCUUAAAGAUAUCAGUAUCAUAUGAUUUGGUUUUUUAAGGUUUAAUAUAUAAAAGCUUAAUAUUUAUAAUACUCAAUUUUAUUUUUAAUUCACUCCUCAGUUCUCUCCCUCCUACUUCCCUCUGCUCCGCCCUUUGAGAAGGCAAGAAAAAUCUUGUUACAAAUAAGUAUAUCAAACAAAACAAAUUCCCAUGUUAGCAAUUUCCAAAAAAAAAAAAAAGAAAGAAAACAUGUUUCUAGCUACACUUUUGAGUCUAUCCACUCUCUCAAGAUGGAUAGCAUGUUUCAUCAUGAGUCCUUUGGAAUGGUGGUAGAGUAGCAUCAUAUUUUAAACUAAGAGACCCUAGAAAUUACCUACUUCACUCCCCUACCUCUCUUACAGAAAAGGAAGUUGAAGCCAGAGAGGUCAUGCAGCUAGUAAGUUGCAUAGCUAAAAUUCAAACUUUGUUCUUGACUCCAAACCCAAUGGUUUUCCACUAUGCUACCACCUUUGCUAGGCCCUUUUUAGUUUUUAGAUGCCUUUUUGUUUUUGUUUUUGUUUUUGUUUUGUUUUUGCAACACAGUGUUUCCAGGUAGAACCUCCUUCUACCUCAACAUUGAACCUCUCCUAAAACAGGAAAAAAAUAUUAAGCAAAAAUAACAAUACUUAUCACAUCUAAGUGAAAGAAACUUUGUUAUUGUCUGCCUCUUCUCUGCUAAGAGAAAAGAAGUAUGUUUUAUUAUCAGUUCUGAGACCAAGACUCUUUCAUUGCAGUUACUUAGAAUUUUAGAUUCCUUUUAUUUAUCUUUUUUAAUUUACAUUAUUACAUUGUCAGUGUGAUAUUUUCCUGGUCCUGUUUAUUUCACUCAACAUCAGUUUAUACAAAUCUUCCCUUAUUUAUCUACUUUCUUCCUCAUUUCUCAUGAUGUAAUAAUAUUCCAUUACAUUCAUAUAUCACAGUUCAUUCAGUCAUUCCCAAAUUGAAGGGUUUUCCUUCUAGUUCUUUGUAAACUCUAAGGAUUCAUUGGGAAUGUUUGGAUAUGUGAGACCUUUCUUAUCUUCCUUGUAUAUAUAUGCUAAGCAGUGGGAUUUGGGGAUCAAAGGAUAUAAUCUAUUUAAUAUUAAAAGUCUAAAAUGUUUUCCAAAAUGAUCAGAGCACAGUUCUACCAACAAUGUAUCUAAAUCUGCAAACUUGUGUUAAUGCAAAUAAAUAUGCAUCAUGGAUUCA